AAAGUUGGAGCUCGCGAAUCGAUUUCAUUUCGAGCCUGGUGCUUGCAACGAUCGGUACGGAACUCGGUUUCGGUUCAGCUGCCAGGUGGAAGCUUUUAUUUUUUAAGUGCUUUCGAUUGUGGGCCACCUCCCCCGAUUAAUGGACGUUCCAAAAGCGUACGGUUUGGAAACAGAUACGCAACAGCAUCGUAACGUGGUGAACCGGAUAGUGUAAUGAAUGUGAUUAAGUUCAAACUUCCGGUUAGCUUCGAGCCAAAGUGCAAGCUGUACAGUAGCCGGCGCAGGAUUCCUCGGAGCGCCCACACUACACCGGACACGCUUUUCAGCCUGUGCGAGCUAAUGCUUCGGAAGCUUCUGGGCAGUCGAGUUCCGCGCAGAAAGUUCUGGCCCACCGUGUUGGUAAGUGAAUCCCUGCUGCCCGGAUCUGAGUCACGUCGGAUCGGUGUGCGGCACCAGGUGGAGUGUCCACAUGAUUUUAACAUCCAUCUUAGGUCCAGCGUAAACUAUGCCAAUCAUUGGAACCUGCUGACGGAAGCUUUGCAGCACGAGCCACGGUGGCCACGGAUACGCAUCGGUGAUCCAGCACGCAACCGGAUCACCCGCCUCCACCAGGACUACCCAUCGCAGCACAUUUGGCAGAUCCGACCCUAUGACAUGCUGACCAGCGCGUUUAUAGUACGCACAGCGGCAAAGAUUGCGUCACUGGAACAGCAGCGCACCCUGGGCAGGUUCCGACCGGGACGAACUGCGUCCUCUUUAACCACUACCACCAUUACCACCACUACUACGUCUACCUCAUCCGGUCGACGGUUGAGUCGGGAUAGAUCGAUCGAUGUGCCGGAUGACGACGACGACGACGACGACGACCGGGAUGACACACAGCGGGUGCAACAGAUACAGCGGCAACAGCUAAUGGUAAUCGGAAAACGCACAACCGGAAGCUACGAGCUACGACUGAACAGCGUGUCAGUUAAAGGCUCCCGACACAAGCGACCGACACGCUAGAAGAUUCGUUUAGCAAACACUACCCUAACCUAGCGUCUCCCCUUCUUAUCGAUAUCAUUCAAUUUCCGAGCUUACCUGCACUACUAUUAUCACAGAAUCAUUUUGUAAUGGACCGUAGAUGUCCUCGUUGAGAACAG